CAGCAAACCACCACCACCCGUCCCUCUUUUACCAGUCACGAAACCGAAACGCCUACUAUGUAUACCUACAAGAUUGCCCUACUCGCCCUCUUCACCGUCGCCAGGGUUUGUGCCUAUCCCACCACUCGCGAGCUUGCCCCUCCAGAGUCGAACGACAUCGCUCCAAACCCUACCAAAGUCCCUCGCCAACUUCCGGCUCUACCGCGCCAUACUGCCACAAAUUCUCCUCGUGGACUCGCCAUUGCCUUCUUCUCGCCCAAGUCACACGAGAACUCACACAAUGUCGCUGCCAACCCUGCUGCUGUUGCGCCGUUUGCUCGUGGUGUUGCACAGCCAGAUGGUGCUCCCGAGCUCGAGAAGCGUCAGAUCCGCAAUGCCGACUACCACGCUGCGUCCCCGCCGACCAACUCGAAUCCACCCCCACCUCCCGCUCCUGAACCGCCUGCUGUCUCGCCUGAUGUAAAGAAGACCAAUGACUCUGAGAAGACCGACUCUAAGCCAGCUGCGAAGGAAUAUCCUGCCAAAGAUAAGCGUGCCAAUGUCGACAGCAGCCUCCGCAAGCACGCUCCCAACCGUGUCCUUUCUUCGAAUGACCAGCAAGAGAUUGAUGGCGCCGAGACUCGCGUUGCACCUAAACGUCGCUUCACUUUGGCUUCGCGCAUCGCUCGGGAAUGGCAAGGGCUCGACCGACGCAGCGUCGAAGAGAUGACAAAUGCCAGCAACCGCAACUUUGACCACGACGCGGUGACUCGUUGGAGUCGUGAGGAGAUGGGAAGGAUGAAGAGAUGGAGCAAAUUGGAGUAG